AUGAGUACUGGUGAGGAUGAUAAUCAAUCAACACCGACUGUGACCGGGUUUCUUAACCAGUCAGGUGUUGAUACUAGUAGUCCUUUGUAUAUGCAUCCAUCCAAUAAUCCUGGGGCAGCUCUAGUUCCUGCUCCAUUUGAUGGUUUUGGUUAUCGAUCAUGGAGAAGAGGUGUGAUGCGAGCAUUAUUUGUGAAGAAUAAAUUGGGAUUUAUCAACGGAGAGUGCAAAAGACCAGAUCCAGAUUCAUCAAAAUUUCGCCUAUGGGAAAGGUGUGAUUAUAUGGUCACAUCGUGGAUCUUGAACUCCUUGACCAAGGAAAUUGCAGACAGUUUUGAAUAUGUAACUGAUGCAUUCAAAUUGUGGAGAGAACUUAAGGAUCGGUAUGACCAAACAAAUGGGACAAAGCUGUACCAAAUUCAGGAAGAGAUCAAUGAUCUAUCUCAAGGAUCCCUUGAUAUCACUAGUUAUUACACAAAAAUAAAAAAGUUAUGGGAGGAACUUAAUACCUUGAUUUCCAAAUCUCAUUGCACUUGCAAUUGCUCAUGUGGAGCUAAGGAAACAUUUUCUUUGGUGAUCCAAGAGGAAAGGCAGAGAGAAAUUAAACCAAGUGGUCAUUUAGCACUGGAGUCAUCAACUUUGAAUGCUAACACAAUCAGACCUGGGACAUUCAGAACAAACUACUCUCCCAACAACAAUCACAACAACAGGAAUAUGCCUUUCUGUGAUUAUUGUAAGAUGCAGAACCCCAACUAUAAUUACAAUUCAAACAACAACAACAGUAACAGAUUCAGUAAAGGCAAUAGAACAGUGGCCAAUGCACAUAUAGCAACUACUGACACUCAACCUGCAGAGACUGAGAAGUAUGGCAGUCAUGAUAAUGCUCAGAAUGUGAGUCUUACCCAAGAGGAGUAUAGCCAGUUGGUGAGCCUGCUGCAACAAUUUCAAUCAGCAGGAGUAGGAGACCAUGGAACUGGAGCCAAUGCUACAUCAGAAGCAGCAAACUUUGCAGUCAUACUUCCAAAUGGCUACAAAGUAAAGGUGACAGAAAUUGGUAGUGUGACUCUCACUUCUAAGAUCACUCUAGAUAAAGCCCCUUCAAUGAAGAGGCCUCUAGUGAUUGUUAAAGUGAGAGAUGGGAUGUACAUCCUAUGCCCAAGUUGUUUGAAGAAGAACAAUGCAAGCCCUGCAGUAAAGGACAAUCAUAUACUACCUACCAUUUAUACUUAUUGCACUUGUAACACACAAUGUCCCUCUCAUUCUACUGUAAAUAUACCAUUAUAUACCAAUAAGUGUGUAUCUUUUCCAAUUGAAAGUAAUUCAUGUGCAAGUGUUAAAGAACAAACUUCUUUUGCAAGUCCAUCUUCCGAAUUUCCUAGCAUAUUCUCUCAUCCUUGGGCUGAAAAUAAUGUGAAUGUGUUGUGGCAUAAUAGACUUGGACAUGUCCCCUUUGUCAAAAUGAAGAAGAUUACCUCUAUACCUGCUAACUUCUCCGCAAAACAACCUUUCAACUGCACCAUUUGUCCAAUGGCUAGACAAGAAAGACUACCAUUUCCUCAGAAAACCAGCACAACUAACAGAAUCUUUGAACUUUUACAUGUUGAUCUGUGGGGUCCAUAUCAUGUUCCUACACAUGAUAGACAUAAAUAUUUUAUAACCAUAGUGGAUGAUUAUAGCAGGUCCACUUGGACUCACCUCUUAUCCAGCAAAAGUAAUACCAUUGAGAUACUCAAAAAUUUCAUGAAUCUAGUGGAGAACCAGUUUGGUGUAACUAUCAAGUCCAUAAGUGUUAGUGUGAACAAAUCUUCUAAAUCAUUUAUUCCUUAUCCAAUUCCUUUCAUUGAAUCUCUAAGUGAACAACCUUCUGAGAAUACAAAUGUCACACAGACUCCUAAAAUCUUGAAUGAUCAAAGAAGUGUAGACAACACAUCUGUUUCUAUGUUACCUAUGCAUGUAGCUAGCCCUUCACCUUCUGGAACACCUAGAUCUUCACCACCUAAUGACUAUGUCCAUUCCCUACCUCAACUUAAAACUAAUUUUGCUUCCCUAAAUGCUUUGUUCUCUGUUAAUCACCAUAUUGCCUCUGAUCUACUAACUCCUGAUAGUCAGACUCUUGUGAGAAAUGUUUUUCAUGACAGGGAACCAUCAUCAUAUGAGGAGGCAGCCAUUGAUCCUGCAUGGCAAGAUGCUAUGACACAGGAAUUUGAUGUAUUAUACUCUAACCACACUUGGGAUUUAGUGAUGCUACCACCUGGGAAGCAAGCAAUUGGUUGUAGGUGGGUGUAUAAGGUGAAACACAAAGCAGAUGGUAGCAUUGAGAGGUUCAAGGCCAGGUUGGUUGUCAAAGGUUACUGA